UGCAGAAAGUGAUGGAGCUUGGAAGUGAUUCAACAAGAAUCAAUCGAUGCUUAGUCGAGAGAGAACGAAGGCGUCACAUGAAAUCUCUCUCUUCCCAGCUCUCUGCUCUCCUGCCUCCUCAACCAACCAGGAUGUCGAUGCCGGAGCUGGUGGACCAAGCCACUGCAUACGUGAAGGAACUGCAGCAGAAUCUGGAGAAAUACAAGCAAAUGAAGGUGGAAAUGAAACUGGAUUGUUCAAAGAGAAGCAGAAAGAUAUCACCAGUUCUGAACAUCACAGAUUCGGGGUCCCAUUUGGAAGUAAAUUUGAUCACAGGGUUGAAUAACCAGUUUGCAUUGUCUGAUUUCAUCAGUAUUCUCCAGGAAGAAGGAGCAGAAAUUAUUAGUGCAACUUGCCAGUGCACAGAAGAUAGGGCAACCUACACAAUUCUUUCUCAGGCUGUCUACCCUAGAAUUGGCAUUGCAACUUCAAGUGUCCUUGAGAGAUUGAAGCGCCUGAUAUGUUGAAAAAAG